GGCUUAGGCCGCCUGGGAACUUGGACACACGGGCUUGAAUUCAUUUUGGAUUAAGCCUUAGCUACAUCUGUGACGUUUCAGUGUGUAUAUCUAUUUACUGGGCUUCAAAACUACAGGCAUACAUACAUACAUACAUGCCUGUGCUUAGGCCUACUAGAUUUAACAGGGCCUAUGGGAAAGUAUGGAAUACAUUGAUAAUUUCUAACAGGGAAUGUUCAGUGUCAGUGAUUCAAGUAAUAUUCCUUUAUAAAUCAGUCAGAGAUACAACAAAAUUGAUGUGUUCACUCUGUUGAUUAUUCGCAAGCGUGAAAGUUGGACAACUGACUAUUCUGAUUCGAUGUGUGUUCGGAAGUUUGAUAUUCUCUCAUGAUGUUGGCUCAUAGUCGGCCUAGCUCCAACCGGAGUAGGCGUUCAGGCAGCAUGCCUGUCCUCGUUGAAUAUGCAGCCCAGAGUAAAACUGGUUCGCCUUCAUAUGAUGCUUGGGUGCGAGACAACAGCAAGCUUCUGAUUGGUCGAGAGCUGACGCACAGCCAGCCUAGCACCCCUGGAAGACGGAGGAUGUCGUCCAAGGUGUCAACGGUGGCUUUUGAGGGGGAAUUGAACGCCAUUGUUCGAGAGUAUCUUGAACAUGGCGAGUAUGCAAAGACACAGGAGAUAUUUGAGCAAGAAUGUUCGGACAGAGGGCGACAUAUUUCACAGUCAAGUGAUAAACCCAAAUCUAAUCAAAAAUUGCUGGCCGCCCAGAAUGAAAUGAUCAAAUAUUUCCAGUUGGGCAACGGCCACAAGUUUUUCAAACUGUGGGACAGCUUCUUACCUCCUGAUAUAAAAAAUGACGAUCCUGUCGCCCAGAAGUUAGAAUUCUACCUCAAUAUUUAUUUCGCCACAUUUCCCAUGAGGGAAGGGAAAGACAAAGACGAGGUGGAGGACGCCAUGACCAAGUUUAAAACUUACAUUGAAACCCGAGGUGCUGCUCUCAGUCAAACUACCGAAUUCCUGCCAUUUUAUGCCUUACCAUUCGUGCCAAAUCCGCGUGCCCACCCGACGUACAGAGAACUAUUCUCAGACACUUGGGUGAGCGACCUUCAACUCCGGAUUGAGAAGUUCUUGACAUUGGCAAUGGCGUCCUCCGCUCAGCCACGGCUAUUUGAAUUAUAUAACAGUGGCGGUGGAGGCAAAGACCUGCAGGGUCAGAUCAGCAUCAUGCAGCAGCAGAUUGUGGACGCGGAAAAACGGACAAUGACUUAUAUGAAACGGCACAAUAAGGUGCAGGCGGAUUACCAUAACCUUAUUGGGAUCACAGCUGAACUAGUCGACGCGCUGGAGUCAACCGUGCAGGGCAAACCGGUGACGCCAGAAUAUCUCCAACAGAUCUGUGGAAGGUUGUUCCAGAGUCAGACCCGCUUUGCCUCGCAGAGCCUCGAUCUUACACGACCAGGAACGGCAGCGGAAGUUUUACGGAAUUCAAUAGCCCCGAAGAAGAUGAGUGUGAACAGCCAGGUUCCGUCGUUACCUCCACUCGACUUUGAGAAGGUCAAGAAAGACUUACAGGAUGGCUCUGAGAGGAACAAGAUCGUUUUACUGCAGGCUCUAAGAUGGCGCCUGACCAGGUCUCUUCCAGGAGAACAGAGGGAUAGUGUGAUUUCAUCUUAUAUCAAUAAUGACCUGCUUGGAUGUGCUCAGCCUGGAGCUUACAGGACGACCAUCCUCGAACUCCUAACCUCACCAAGUGAAGUCGUCCGACAGUAUAUCGCACGACUCUUCAAUGCAUUUGCAUCCCUGUGCCCGGGGCGGACAUACUUGUCCUUGAACUCUGACCUCUUGAGAGGCCUUAUGUCAAACCUGCGAUCAGAGGAUAAGGAUUCUAUAACACGAGAAAAUGUGCUUGGAGCUUUGCAGAAACUCAGUUUGAGGAGGAAUCUCCAGUCUGCAAUGAUCGAGGAGGGAAUAAUAAACUGGUUGGUCGAUGUGCUUGAAGAUAACGACUCGCUCUCCGAUUACACAUUAGAAUACUCGGUGGCGCUACUGAUGAACCUGUGCCUGCGGACGGCGGGCAAGAAGAAGUGUGCCACCAAUGCUCAUAAAACUCUGAAGGUGCUCAGUGACCUCCUAGGUCAUGAAAAUGCAGAGAUCCUGCCCUAUGUGAAUGGAACAUUGUACAGCAUCCUAGCAAUCCAGUCGAUACGCGAUGAGGCCAAGGCCAUGGGUAUGGAAGAAAUCCUGAAGUGUUUCAUCAAAGACGGACAGCCGGACAUGAACAGACAGAUCGAGUUCAUCAUCAAACAGCUUAAUUCUUCGGAGGAAUCUGACGAUGCGGAGUCUGACGACGAUGAUGACGAAGAAGAAGAUGAAGAGGAUCAAGAUGCGAUGGAAGCCGAUCUUGACAAAGCUGAGCUUAUCGCAGCGUUGCCAGGAGAAACAACUGGAGAAGAGCUGUUGAGAACGCAGUAUGCAGGCGUACCCCAGAGCUCGCAUAAAAAACGCCGGGAUCAGUUGUUGGCGAAUGAACCGUUGACGAGGCCGGUCACGCCGGGGCAGAGGCGAGCUGGGGAGUUCUCUUUAGCGCCGUCGAGGUCCCAAUCACGUAAUUCACAACAGCGGCCAAAGUCACGAGACGUCGAGCGCCCACCGACAAGAAGUGGUAGUCGGCCUGGAACAGCAGAGUCUAAUCGGUCAGGGGGAUCUGGAGAGAAACAGUUCUCCAGCGGCACCCCGAGACCAUCACAGAAAUCUCUUGAGAAACAAGGCAGUCAGGCAGAUGUACAAGAAUAUGGAAAGGCAUUCAGCUCCCGUCCCAAGAUUCCUCGAACACCAGACGUAACCGGGGGUCGGCCGACCAGCAGGGGUUCUGUGGCAGAUGCGGCCCCACAGCCCACAUAUUCCGACACCCUUCCACGGUCACGACCAGGGUCGGGAUCGAGUCGGAAUGGACAUGCACAGAAUUCCAACUCCAGCAUCAGCAAAAAGAAGAGUUCAUCUACAAACGUAAACAGACGUAACAGCAAAACAACUCCGCGAUGAAAAAAUAUUGCCGCACAAUCAAAAUUAAUGGCUGCACAAAACACUUUUGUUAUCCUGUUAAGCUGUUGUAGAGCUUUCAGUGUUGUUGUUUUCUGUCGGGUGGAGGACUCAGUUUUGUCCGUCACCCCUGUUCAAAGUCGGGUUGUACCCCAUCUUUGCCUCCAGGAAGGCGAGUACAAUUUGUGUCGCCGAUCUUUGUGUUUUCGGAUCAUUCAGGAUUUCCGAUCGUAUUAAAUGCCAAGGUCCUCCAUGUUGAUGCCAACUUUUAGUUGGUCAGGGGGCCAUCAGAUGGCUCACCAAUAUAUCUGCUAUGUCUUGGCUUGGAACUAGAAUACCACUUGGCGGUCAAUGGAGGAACUAAAGUGGUGUCUGACCAUCAGUAGCCUAAUGCUAUUAGGCUCCGCGUGGUGGCGCUGAGGCGGCCGCUGUACUUGAGUAGCUUACUGUACAUGUAUUUUAAAUUUGAUUAAAUAAUCUCUAAAAUUUGAUGGAUUCCCUCCAGUGCUACUCUACUGCUUUACGUGUUAUGAUAAUUACCUUAAGCUCUUAAUAUCAACUUUGAAUCCCUCCAUAUUAUGAAGAUCCAUACUCAUACCAAUUGAAAUUAUCGUGUAUACAAGAGUUUACCAAACGUACAAUCCCUCCGUUUGCUUUGAAAAAGCUUUAAAUGGCAACUAUGAAACCCUCCAUAUUUUAAGGAUCCAUCCAAAUACCAAGUGAAGUUACAAGUAUUUACCAAUAAAAUCCCUCCGUUUUUGUUGUUGUUAUGCGAAUCCAUCCAGAUACAUGUAUGAAUGAAAUCGAAUUGUUGUAUUUGCCAAUCAAGGUUCUUCCAAGAUGUUAGCAUGGCAAUGAAUAUACAGUAGAACCUCUCUAUUAAGGACACCCGACGCACGUUUUAUUGGGAUGUUUGAAGUACCAAAAUUGUCAUAUAUAUAGUGAGUUCCUGAGCGUAGGUUGGUAGUGGUCGCUCAGUGAGUCCCAUGAAUUGCUAAUGUACAUCAAAAAUGCAUAGUUACUGACUUCUUGUAUAGCGAGGAAUGUCGUCCAGUUUCUGGCUGAUAAAGAAAAUCGUCUUGAGAAAUUACUCUUACAUGUGUAUCAGAACAAUGUAACUCUGAAUUUCUUAUAAAUAGCAUGGCUUCUCUUACAAUACAUCUUGUAGAACUACUUCAACGUUAAACAGAUGGUACAUUUACAAUGUCAAUGUCCUAUGUCUAUUAUUUUGUGUUAUAAAUGAUGUUGUAUGCUUCUUCCAAUUUGCAUACAUGUGUACAUUAGACGUAAUAAAGUUUUAAGUUAUGGUA